AUCUGUAGAGUAUAGUUUAUUUAAAUACGAGUAUUUACCACGAAGAUAACGUUUAUCUUCAAAACGCUUUUUGUCAUCUGAAGAAAAAGAUAAGCUUGUGAUUGAGGAAGAUAUUAACGUAUUUCAACAUACAAUCACACAAAUCUCGCCAUCAAAACAAGAAAAACGCAAACAGGAGGAAGCUAUUUCUGUUGACUCACCUAGUAAAUAUGUUCAUCAUGCAAAUGGAAGUCGUUUUGCAACAACAGAAAGGAAGGAAACUUCAUUGGCUGUUCCAUUUUGGAAAGAGCUAAAUCAUCCUACACCAUCAUUUGAAUUUCGAGCUAAUGAAAUUGGUUGCUUUUCAUUAAUUGGUCGAACAGAUGACAAAAAACGUUUUGAAGAUAAACGUUAUCUUCGUGUUUAUAAAUAUCCACUUGAAGCACUCAAUGUGAAUCUUGAUUUAAAAGUUGGUGAAUCAGACUUUACUUUCGAAGGACAAAGUAAAAGUAUUGAUGCCAUGCUUUGGUGGACAUUACGACAUAAAAAUGAUAUUUUCAAAAAUAAUCAAUUUACAUUUGAUUUCCUUUCCGCGCGUGGAGGUAUUCGUCUUAUUAUGUUUUCAAUUUUUGAAACACGUGACGAUUGGUUAUUAGCUGUUAUCAAAUUUAGAAAUGCAUAUUUUUUAUGUGAAUGUGUAACAGAUACACAACUUAAAGUUGAACAAAAUAUGACGCCUGAAGUUCGCUCUUUUCGUUAUUAUGGUCACAAAUUCGAAGAAUAUGUUACUAAAAAUGAUGCAACAACUGAAAAAUUGAAUCCUUCAAAACAGUUUAUUGCAGUAUUUCAAUCAACAAUAGGUUCUUAUCGUUUAUUGUAUAGUGCUGAAAUAGAUUGUGUAGUCGAAAGAUCACCAUCGAUGAGUGAACAUAUUGAACUUAAAGUUUGUGCUGGAAAAUCAAUCGAUGAUCUAGCAUUUAAACAGUAA